AUGUCUAACCCAACUCCCUCUCAACCUUCCCAGGCUGGUAGCCGUGGAAGAGGGCAAGGCGGCCAAGGCCCCUCAAAUAUUACCGACUACCCUCGUCAACCCGGAUGGCGGGAGCCGCACUGCCCUCGGUGCGCAUACCGGGCUGCCAAUGUGGGAAAGGCUCUGCGAAAACUUAUACCUACCGCCGACAAAGUGCAAGCGUUUGAACUCGUUGGAGAGCUUUCUUGUGCAGUGUCCGUCGGGGAGGAAGAAAGCGGAAUCAUGUGUAACUACUGUCGUAACGACAAGCGCGCUGUCGAGUUUCAUUACCCACCUGGGAGAGGCUUUGAAGAAACGAGUGGCAGACUAUGGAAGAGCUUCCUUGAUCUUGCUGGCCACUGCUAUAAUCUCGAUGCGCAGCCCAACUCGUGGGAGAUUGGGCUUGCAGAAGUAGAAGAAGCGUCCAGGGAAUUCUUGGCUUGCUGGCAUGAGCUCUAUAGGCAAUACGGCAAGGACCUGUUGCAAAUGAACGCUCAUGAGUUGACGGAUGUGGGAUGUACGUACGUUGUAACCGUCCCUGGCGUCGAGAAGCCUGUAGCAGCUGGACCCCGUGCCGUCCUCGAAAGUGUCUUGGACGAGGUUCGAAAGAUGGGGAAGGACUUCAACAACUUUGCCACCGAAUUCCACAAGCACGCCGAGAACACGAAGACGGAAAUCGAACUCCUCAAUGACACUACCGCACAGCUCGAAGCCGACUUUGCACAGCUUCAAAUCCAGGAUAAAGACCUCGCCACCUCUUUCGAGGAUCACUCUGUAAGGCUCAUCAGGGAAGUCAAGGACCUGGCGCAGUUUGUGAAAGCCCAGGGAAGAACGCUUACGGCGGUCAAGAUUAUGGUGGACCGGCUAGCUAUCAACUUCAACAAAGUUGCUAAUGCGGCCUUGACGCCGGAUGAUACGGGUGAACAGCGCCAGUAA